AUGCGCGAAGAGGUCGUUCGCCCAGACGUGUACAAUUCUACGACGAAACCCAAGAAUCUGUAUCGCGCAGGAGUACCUAUUCUCCACGAACACAAGAGCAGUCACGACCCUGACGUUCGGAGGACAUCAACUUACGGAAGAAUCGUCAGAGGUUACCCUUACACUUUGGGACCAGUACGUCGUCCACUUCAGCUCCAGCUAUGGACGCGCGAGAAGAUCACUACGGUUCCAAGAGUCAACAACAGUAACGACAGUGCCACCGUCGACCCUGGAGAUAGGGUGGAAGUUGACGUGCUCAUUGGAAUUGACAACUACUGGCGCAUUGUGGAUUUGCACAGGAAUGAGAAACUUCCAUCAGGACUCAUCCUGUCGCACACUAGAUUUGGACCAGUUUUAUCUGGUUUGCAGCAUUCCACAGUUUCCAAUAGCCUUUCAGCUACCACUACUUCGGACAAGGACGAGCCAGAGAGCGAGCAAGUUAUGCGGAACUUUCUAGGACUCGAUACACUGGAAUUGGACGAAGGCGAAGAUACGGAGAAUGCCGGAGUCAUCAGGCAGUUUUACGACACGGUUGCCAUUGUUGACGCGAAUCGUCUUAAAGAAGAGAUUCUUGCCAAUACCUAUGUUGAUAAUGUGAUAGUCGGAGCAGGUUCCACCGAGGAAUGUUUGAAUAAGUGCAAACAAUGCAAGGAUAUCUUUGCCAGGAUGUGCAUGAACCUUCGUGAGUUCAUGUCUAAUGACUCGAGUACGAUGCUGUCGAUCCCCGAGCAUGACCGUAUGAACAUACAAGGACAUUUCGUCAAACUCCUAGGAGUCAAGUAG